GGCAAAAACGUGGGUUCAGAGCGGCGGUGAUGGCAGGAGGUUCGGACGGGAGUGGAAGUAAAAGCAGCACCGAGAUGGAGCGCGAGGAUCCAGAGAUGGAGCGCGAGGCAGAAGAUGAGCGCGCGGACGAGGAGGACGAGCGCAGGCGCGUGAGGCUCGUCGAGGCCAUCUCCGCGCUCCGCGGCGGCAGGAAGAAGCCGCUGGGGGAGAGGUCCGAGGCGGCCGUGCGCAUGUCCGAGUUCGCCGUGACCGCGGAGGGGGAGCGCCAAAAGGUGCAGCUCUCUGACCUCAUCGGGGGGGCGAAGGACGGCCCCGCGGUUCCGACCCAGACCCGGAAGCAGCUGCAGAACCUGCGCCGCAGCCAGAAGACGGUGGAGCAGCCGCUCAGCAGGCAGGAGAGCGAGCGCGUGCAGAGGGACCUGGCCUUCCAGAAGGCCGCCGUGCACGUGAGCCGCUGGAAGAGCGUGGUGAUCCAGAACCGCAAGGCGGAGCAGCUGGUCUUCCCGCAGAACCAGGAGCCGGCGGGACCCAAACCGCUGGAGAAGGUGGUGAGCGGCUGGAAGGCGCAGACUCCUCUGGAGCAGGAGGUCUUCAACCUGCUGUCCGCCAACAAGCAGCCGAUCCACGACCCGGUUCUGACCCCGGCAGAGGAGGCCUCGCUCCGGGCCAUGAGCCUGGAGGAGGCCCAGAUCCGGAGAGCCGAGCUGCAGAAGGUCCGGGCCCUGCAGUCCUACUAUGAGGCCAAGGCCCGCAGAGAGAGGAAGAUCAAGAGCAAGAAGUACCACCGGGUCCAGAACAAGGCCCGGCGCCGAGAGUUCCUGAAGCAGUUCGAGCAGAUGGUGAAGACGGACCCGACCGGCGCUCUGGAGGAGCUCAACAAGAUGGAGCUGGCCCGCAUGAAGGAGAGGAUGUCCCUGAAGCACCAGAACAGCGGGAAGUGGGCCCGGGCCAAAGCCGUCAUGGCCAAGUACGACCAGGGGGCCCGGCGGGCCAUGCAGCAGCAGCUGGAGCUGAACAAAGACCUGACCCAGAAGGUGAGGAGCGCGCUCAGCACACAGGAGGAGCAGGAGGAGGACGCAGCCUCCGAGCCAGAACUCCUGCCGGACUUUGUCAACGACGCAGAACCGGGUCAGGUCUCCUCCAACCCCUGGAUGAGAGGAGAGCUGUCUGCAGAACCUGCAGAACCCCAGAGGAGCGAGCAGGAGGAGGCUGGUCCUGCGGAGGAGGAGGAGGAAGAGGAGGAGAAGGAGGUGGAUGAGGAGGAGGAGCUUCUUAGAGAGUUUGAGAGCAGGAGAAAGCUUCGCCAGGAGGAGGAGCAGGAGGAGCCUGCUGGUGAGGAGGAGGAGGAGUCUGCAGAGGAGGAGGAGGGGCUUUCUGAGUUCAGGAGUCUCUUCAAAGGAGUUACAGAAGGGCUGAAGGAGGAGGCGGCGGCGCCGGCUAACUCCGCCCCACUUGAAGAAGGACUGAUGAGAAUCAGGACUGUCGAGGAUGUGGAGCUCCUCCCACCUGAGGAUACGGAGCUCCGCCCUCCUACGGAGGCUCCACAGCCACCCCCUAAAGAGGAGGCCCCGCCCUCAGGGAAGAAGGCAAGAAAAAAACGUAAAAGAGACAUCGAGCUAAAAGAAGUCCUCACCAAAAAGGCCAAAACCGUCACGGUGCCGCUCGCCCCGACCACGACUGACGCCGCAGACGGUUCUGAUGAGGAGCUGGACCAGCGGGGGCUCAUCAUGGAGGCCUUCGCCGGGGACGACGUCGUCGCAGACUUCCUCAAGGACAAGAGGAAACAGGAGGACGCCGCCAAGCCCAAGGUGGUGGACUUGACGCUGCCGGGCUGGGGGGAGUGGGGGGGGCAGGGCCUCAAGCCGUCCAGCCGAAAGCGCCAAAGGUUCCGGGUCAAAGUGGCGCCGGCUGAACCCCGGAAGGACCAGCGCCUGCCCGCCGUCAUCAUCUCCGAGCAGAGGAACAGCUCGCUCGGCGCUCACCAGGUCAGCUCCCUGCCCUUCCCCUUCGACAGCCACGCCCAGUUCGAGAGCACCGUGCGCACGCCGCUGGGCCGCACCUGGAACACCGAGCGCACCGUCAAGAAGCUCACCAAGCCCAAAGUUCUGACCCAGCUGGGCAGCAUCAUCGAGCCCAUGACCGAGGAGGAGCUGACCAAGAACAAGGAGAAGAAGGUGUUGGCCGAGGGGGCGGGGAAAGAGGACCCCCACAAGACCAAACGCCAGAAGAGGCGGGGCCGGAAGGACGGCCCUCCCAAAAAGACCAGACGGCCCACCAAGGGCAGAUGCUGACGCACAGCUGCUCUGAUGACAUCACCAGCUGAAACUCUUUAUGUAACUGAGCGGCGAUGGAACCAUCAGAACUUUCUGGAUCCAGAACCUGCCUGAGGUUCUGGAGCUUGUUAAAUAAAGCUUUGAACUUCAA